UUAUAUCUGUGGCGUUGACAGCAAAGCAACAUAACGUUUUAUUUGAAAUCGCGUGAACGCAGGCAAUGAAAAUUAAUUUACAAGGAAGUAAAUUGAAUUGAGCGUAAUCUGUCUGACCUCACAUGUUCCAAUUACGGGUCGUUUUAGCACCCACGCCAGCGAAUGUAACCGUCAUGUAAUUGAGUUGGAUCAUUACCAAGGAGGUCUGAAGCGUGUGCAGUCAACCACAGAGGUCGAUAAAUAACACAACACAAUGUCUCGUCCUCGCCCCCAAUGGCAGCUCCAAGCUUUAGCCGCUCAAAGGCGUGAUAAUGAAAUAAAGCGAGCUGAAGAGUUGAAGAAGGUUGCCACAUACUUUGAGACUAAUACCAAUAAGUCCCGACAUCAUGAGCAAUGGACUACUGAGGGAUAUUAUGAGAAAGCCAAUAAAGAGGCUGAACUACUUAGCCAGAGGAAGAUACGAGCUGCACAACUUGAGGAGCGACGUAAAAAACUGGAACUAAUGUUGUUUCAAGAGAACAUGCAGUUGCAACAGGAAUUAAAGAAUUUAGCUGCUCAACCAAAGUAUUUUAAAAAUGGUUCCUACCUAAACAAGGUGUCCACAAAAACCCUGCAAGACAUCAACCAGGGCAUCAUGGCUAAGGAAGAACAGCUGCUUCGUCACGAGGCAGAGCUUCGAUUGCACCAUGCUUGGAGGAUGCGGCAGCCUGAACUGAGGGCUGCUACUAGUUUUGUUAAUAAUGGAAAGCUGAAAUCUGCUUGGAUGGAGCAGAUAGUAGAAAAAGAAGUUCAGAAACAGAAAGAAGAAGAAGAGACGCGUAAAGUUCUGAAGGAGAGGGACGAGAUGCUGCGCAAACAGAUUCAGUUGGAGGAGCAAAAGUUGAAGGAGAAAGAACUACAAGUUAGGGAGCUACGAGAAAGUCUAGAAGGACAAAUAGCAGAAUUAAGUGAAAAAGAAACAAUAGUGAAACGUCUUCGCAAACAGGAAGAAAAAGAAAAACUUAUAUUGGACGAGUUACUGUUCAUAUCGUGCGAGAGAGAGAGAGAACACACUCGCCUCGUGGCAGAAAGAGAUACCAGUAUAGUGAACAUGGGCCUACAUAAAUAUAAGCUGAAGAAAAAAGUGAUCUCUGUGAUGAAGGAAAUAGAGUUGGAUUUAGAAAUGCUGGAUAAACUGCGCAGGGCUGUUCAAAAGGACUACGACUCGGAGAAGGACAUUUGUUCAAAUUACAAACGGGUAUUGGACGCCGCUCUAUCAGAACUGGUGGAACAUAGGGAGCGUGAGCUGCAGCGACAGAAGACCAUAGAAGCCAUGUACGACGGAGAGGCCAGGAUGAUCAAUGAGAAACAGGAUAAGCUAUGGGCCAAAGAACGCGAAGCUCGCGCCCUCCUAAUGACCGAAGUGGUGGCCACUCUGAAGAGACAAGUGGAGGAGAAGAUAGAAGCCAACAGACAGAAGCAGAAGAUGAACGUUCUAGAACGAGAGAAGAUUCUAGAACAAAUGGAACAAUUCCACCAGGAAAUGAAGGCUAAUGAAAGGGCGGCGCAAUUGAAAGAGUCAAAAUACUCAACAGUGACCGCUCUUCAGUCACAACUGAACAGUCUCCGGCUGCAACAACAGCAGUUAGAAGACACGUGUGCCAGGGAGGCUGAGCUUAGAGAAGUGGCCUCUAACGAGAGGAAGAUUAGGAAUGAGAUAGCUAAAAUACAUAGAGAGGGCAGCACACAGGCUUGGACGUAAACUGGUGCUUUUACUGUACAUUUUCAACCUUAUUGUCUUGUGAUAAAGUUGAUAAUGUAUUAACGUGUUUUGGCUGUUUGGUUGAAGACUUCCACAGCUGAAUAAAGGCCUCUAAUGUAAGGGAGGUGCUGUAAUCGCCGCGCUUGUCAACCAGAUUGGAGAUUGCUUGCCUCUGUAACUGGUCGCAAUUUUAUGAUGUACUGGUAAUUAACUUAUUUUGGUGUAUUAGUCCAGUGAAGUCUAGUCUUCUUGUAAGGCUAAAUAUGUUUAUAUCAUUUUUAACAAAACUUUUGGUGUAUAUUUUUAAGUGGUAAACAUGUGUGCUUGUGACUACUAAGUGUGAUAUAAAUACGGCUUGUUCGUGUGAACUAAGGGAUUUAGUAGUUGUAAGUAAGUCAGUCAAGAUAUCAGUCCUGCGGAUGACCUAGCCCAUUACCCCGGAGUUCCGGGGCCUAUGGUUUUUAUUUAGUAAGAGUCUUAACACUGUUUCGCCUCAUGCAAGACGGGAUAAGUCAUUGGAUGAUAUCCACAGCAGAUUUGGUUAUUGUAAAGAAACUUCUAAGUGUUUGCCAUUGCAGCAGUAUUCAAAAUGUUUUUUCGUAUAUUAAUUCUAAGGUUCUAUACAUAUGUAUUUUUAAAACUUUUAUAUGAGAUGGCCUUCACAAAGGUGCUUUAAUUACCUUAUUUGAAGACAUAAAAAUGUCAUUGUGUUCGGUUGAGAGAUAGGUAUAGGCUAAGGACUGUGCGUUUUGUUUGUUCAAUGUAUAAAUAUUUAAAUUACCUAUUUAACACUGCUUCUUGCCAAUUGAAACUAUACGAAAUCUGCCUUGAAUGUAAAGCUAAAGACUGAUUAAUGAUGAAAUAUGAAUGCGAGGCAAUAAGAAAGCAUUUCUAAUGGUCGUUUCUACCAACCACCCCUGCACCAUCGUUUAACCAUUUUACCUCUGAGUUUGUUUCCCCCGACAGGGGAUAGAGAGAUAGAUAGUGUAGCAUCAUCUAGUUAUUUUAGAGAUUGACGUGUAAAAGUGUUGUCUUGUAAUCUAUUGGCAAAAUAAAUAUCAUUUAACUAAGAGUCACGUAACAUGUAUACAGUACACUAACCCCUGUAUGUGUCAAUUGUAAGUUUUUAAAAACCAAAUUAUGGACAAUUGUCACCUAUCUUACUUUAGGGGUUCCUUAAAAUAUAAGAGGUUGGUAAAAACGGCCAUUAGUUUUCUUACUUUAAAUGUUUUAGUUCAUAUUUAGUUCUAUUUUAACUGAUAUGUUUAUUUAUAAUGUGAUGUGGUUUGCGUGUGGUUACAUUAGCACUAUAAAGUGCCUUAUAAUUAGUUACAAAUUGCGCCGAGUCGCUUUUAUAUUUUGUAAUAAAUAGCUUUUAUGUAUCAAUGAAUUUAUCGCUAAGACGAAGUCAUAUUUACACGACGGCUUAAAAGAGUGCUAUUAUUUUUAUGUGUGAAAGAGUGAAGAAAAUAAAAUAAUAUUUCGAUA